CAUCGUUUAAUCCCUCUAUAAGUUGCUAAUUCUGCCGUGAAGAGAGUUGUCCAACCAGGCACCACUCACUUUGCAAUGGUUCGUUUGAUACUCUUCGCGAUUCUUGGCUUUAUCCAAGUACCAGUCGCCAAAAGUUAUGUGUAUCAACUUUUUGUGUCCACGGGUUUCUCUGGGAUUGACGAUGACAAGGUUUCAAUCAUUUUGGUGGGUGUCGGAGGUGCUCAGACAUCGGUUCACCAUCUGUCAGGACCGUUUGACCGUUACAGCGUAAUGCGAUUUACGAUAACAGAUCGAGAUGUAGGAAAACUUUCCGCCAUCAAAAUACAACUGGUACAAACCGGAGUUUAUCAAGACUAUUGGUGGCUAAGCCAGAUUUAUGUUAUUACGUCUCGGAAACGUUACCAAUUUUCUUACAACAAAGAAGUAAAAUACCAAUGGAAUACCAUCUCUUUGAACUGCAGAAAAGGUUUUAAGAAAGCACCCGAUGGGAAAUGUAUAUCGACGAGUGUAAAGAGGGGAAGGACAAUUGCGACAAGACGACAACUACAUGUAGAAACUACCCUGGUGGUUUUCAGUGUAAAUGUAAACCAGGAUACGAGUGGAAGGAUUACUCAUCUUGUAAACGUAAGACGUGCUCCCACUUCAGCGCAGACAGAGAUUCUCGUAGUCAACUUCAUCCUGCAAAAUGCACACAAGAGGGAAAAAAUAAAUACGAGGACACCUGCAAAGUUGUGUGCAAUCAUGGAAAUGUUCUGAAUAAGCCAGCGGCUGAGAUUACAACUUGCGGCAAAGAUGGGUUGUGGGUUCCUCAUCCAUCGUAUUGCAUAGGAAGACCAUGUCCAUCACUAAAAGACAUUCCAAAUGGUUCUGUGCAGGCCAGCUGCAAAAUAUAUCUUGAUGGCUCCACUCGUUAUGGAGGUCGAUGCUUUUACAGGUGUAAUUCCGGGUACGAUCUGAAGGGAGUUAGCUACAGGGACUGUCAGGCGGAUGGUAAAUGGAGUGGAACGGAACCGAUUUGUGAAAAACAGCAUCCGACACCGUAUAUCACGUGUCCUUCUGACAUUAAUGUGGUUCUAAAGCCGGGGAUGAGCACAGCGGAUGUCAGUGAUCAGUGGAAAAUCCCCACAGCUAACGUUAAGAACGUCACUGCUGUUGAACCUCCUGGUGUAAGCAGCAGCUACCGAUUCCCGUUCGGCAGCACGAUUGUCAGGUGGGCAGCGGUGAACGAAAUCGGUCAAGCGAAAUUUUGCACAGUGCUUGUGGGUGUGAAAGACAAUGAAAAACCCAAGGUUGUCUUCUGUCCAGAGAAGAUCUACAAAGUGUCCUACAGCACCUCUCAAGUGUGGGUAAACAUCUCAAGACCGGUCUUCAGUGAUAAUGUUGGUAUUGUCAGAUACAUUCCUCCUCUCAUUGACGGCAAGUCUUUGUCAAGAACAAGUGGCUAUCACAUGACUUUCACUGCUGUUGACGCCAGUGGAAAUUCAGCGGAUUGUAAAAUCAUCCUGUAUGUCGGAGGAGAACGAUGCCAAUUGCCCCCUGAAAGCGACCCCCCUAGUGGUUCAAUGACGUGCCAUUGGAUACUGGGUGGGACCACCAGAUAUUGUAUAAGAACGUGCCCUCAGGGCGAAAAGCCUUUUGGUGUCUAUUCUUGGUGGUCUUGUGGAAAAUCUGAUGGAAAAUGGAAAAGUUAUCCUCAAUCGUUACCAGUUCCACAGUGUGUUGGUUACAAGGAGGUCAAUACCAGUCUUCCAUGUGACGUUGGUAGCAUUCGGAAUUCGUCGUUUGGCUCAGGCUGCUAUGAAUGCCCACCAGGGACGUAUGACAAAAAUGGCGCCUGUGAAGCAUGCGCAGAAGGCACGUUUCAGGAUAAAACUGGGCAGACAGACUGUAAGGCAUGUCCUUCAGGGACACAAUCAGGAAAAGGAGCAUACAAGUGUCGACUUAUUUGUCCUCCUGGUCGAUAUUCCAAGGAUGGACUUGGCCCAUUCUGUAAAUUUUGUUCCAAUGGAACAUACCAAGACAAACCACAGCGGACAAGUUGCUUGCCUUGUCCACAGGGAACCUACACGCUGCAUAUUGGAGCUACGUUUUGUGGAAGGUCUCCCAAAAUCACAAAACUUGAGCCGGGAGACGUUGCUUCAGUCAGUGUGGGUGGGACUGUGGUGUUGAAAUGUUUCUCAGAUGGAGAACCCACGCCUUCUGUUUAUUGGAAGUACUCAGUUAAUGGUAAAGGUUCCAAAACUCAAGCCCCAAUCAAGGACAAGAACGGUAAUCCCAUAGGAACACAGCUGACCAUCGGAAAUGCAGACUCAUCAGAUGGCGGAAGCUACUCUUGCAUGUCAGCUAACACACAUGGUGAAGUGACUCGUGCUGCUCAACUCACUGUUACAAAAUCAUCUGUUAGGAGAGAAACAACACGAAAGAAAGAUAUGGCAAAUGACGUCUUGUUUCCGAGGGCUGUAGAUCAGUGUCCCGCGGGUAAAUUCAGUGCGGACGGGUCAGGUCCUCUGUGCCGAGUCUGCCCAAAAGAUACUUACCAGGACCAACCUGGAGAGACCGCAUGUAAAAACUGUGAGCAUGGGACCAAGACUUUGCAAUUGGCUGCGACUUCUGCAGAGGCAUGUGGCGUUUCCCCGGUGAUCACCAGCUUGAACUCCAGUGUAGACACGAAUAGUAGAGAAGCUGUGCUCGACUGUUAUGCGUAUGCCUCGCCAACCCCACUUGUCAGUUGGCAUUUUCUGGAGGAUGUUCCAAGUGACUUCCUUGGUAUUCCCAAGCUCGUACAGCUGGUUAACAGUAAAGGACAACCAAUUGGUACUCGCAUGGUUAUAAGAGUAGUCACAGAACACAACACAGGGCGGUACGAGUGUACAGCGGUCAACCAAUUCGGCCAGGACAAGGAAACCCUUGACUUGAAAGUGUCGUGAUCGUGAUGUGAUUUAACCAAACCCAUUUAAAGACGGAAACCACAAUAAACUUUUCUGUAUACAAACGUUGACGACUUCAACAAAGAAAUGGCGGGGAGAUUUUAAAUGCGCGAUGUGUAAUGAAGGGUGUGAUAAACGUCCAUAAGAAAAAAAAAUUUAUUUAUAUAUUUUUUGAUGUUACAAUAAUCAAAGUUAAUAAGACAAAAUAAUACAUUGAAAAUUAACUAUAGACCCGCUAAAGGUGACCGUUAAACAAUUUCAUGUUUUCGUUUUUCUCUAGGUCAGUCAUGGUUACUGGAAAUUCCAAGAGCAACAACAGCGGUACAGUGUCAAUGCAGCUUUAUUGACUGAACACUCUUGUAACUCCUCUUACUUACAAAAUGCAAUAAAGGCAUGCAUUCUA